GGUGGCCUUUCCUUGCCUGAAGGACUCCCUCGCCCUGCCGUUCAGUUUUCCUAAACGGCUUUCACGAAUGCCAGAAUGACCUUUCUUGUUGCAUGCGAGCGAUAGCUGCCAACUCAUUGCAUCGAUCGAGGUGGCUCUUUUUGUUGUUGUUUUAAAUUGAUUUUAUUUUAAAUUCUCAGCAUACGGUCCCAUCUCCACCCUCCCGUCAUCAUGUUCGAGGAAGCCAGCGAGGUGUUCGAGAACAUGUUCAAAGCUUCUUUCCCAUUGACUUUUAUCGUGCUGUUACCGGCGGUUCUGUUUCUGGUGUCUCCGCUGCCUUCCGAGGCCGCUCACGAAUUCACGGUCUAUCGCAUGCAGCAGUAUGAUCUACAGGGGCAAGCUUAUGGUACCAGGAGCUCAGUGUUAAACACGGAGGCCCGCACGGUGGAAGCAGAAGUGCUCAGUCGCCGAUGCGUGAUAAUGCGGCUGGUUGACUUCUCCUACGAGAAGUAUCAGAAAGCACUCCGCCAGUCCGCGGGGGCUGUGGUCAUCAUCUUGCCACAGAACAUGUCCACAAUGCCCCAGGACAUUGUGCAGCAAUUCAUGGAGAUUGAGCCGGAGCUGCUGGCCACAGAGACGAUGGUUCCUGUGUAUUUCGCUGUGGAAGAAGAGGAGCUGCUCUCGAUAUAUGAGCAGACCCUGACCUCCUCUUCCUCCCAGGGCUUGGCCUCUGCUGCUGAAGUGCUGCUACACACAGCUACUGCAAACGGUUUCCAGAUGGUAACAAGCGGAGCACAGAGCAAGGCUGUCAGCGACUGGGCUAUUACAAGCCUGGAGGGAAGGCUAGCUGGUGUAGGUGGAGAAGAUCUUCCGACCAUUGUCCUCGUAGCACAUUACGACUCCUUCGGUGUGGCUCCUUGGCUGUCGUACGGGGCUGACUCCAAUGGCAGCGGGGUGUCUGUCCUGCUGGAACUGGCCAGGCUCUUCUCAAGGCUCUACACCUACAAGAGAACACAUGCUGCAUACAACUUACUGUUUUUCGUUUCGGGAGGUGGGAAGUUUAAUUAUCAAGGAACUAAACGCUGGUUAGAAGACAGUCUGGAUCACACAGACUCCAGCCUGCUGCAGGAUAACGUGGCCUUCGUCUUGUGCCUCGAUACGUUGGGGAGCAGCGACAGCCUGCACCUGCACGUUUCCAAGCCCCCGAAAGAGGGGAGCCCCCAGCACACGCUCCUCAGAGAGCUGGAGACUGUGUCUUCCAGCCAGCACCCGGAGGUGAAGUUCUCCAUGGUGCACAAGAAGAUCAACCUGGCGGACGACACCCUGGCCUGGGAGCACGAGCGCUUUGGCAUUCGCCGGCUCCCCGCCUUCACCCUGUCCCACCUGGAGAGCCACCGCAGCGCACUCCGCAGCAGCAUCAUGGACGUGCGGACCCAGGUGGAUCUGCAAACUCUCAGCCGUAAUACUAAAAUCAUAGCAGAGGCACUGGCUAGAGUCAUCUAUAGCCUCACAGAAAAGGGUGCCCCAGGGGACCUGCAGAUCUUUACCGAACAAAUGCAAGUGCAGGAAGAACAGCUGUCUUCUGUGCUUGACUGGUUGACCUGUCAGCCCCGGGCAGCGCAGCUCGUUGACAAGGAGAGCCCUGUGGUCAGCACGCUGGAGUACUACCUGAACCGAUACCUCAAGGAUGUCAAGCGCCACUACGUCAAGGCGGACAAGAGAGAUCCAGAAUUUGUCUUCUAUGAUCAGCUGAAGCAGGCCAUGAAUGCAUACAGAGUGAAGCCUGCUAUCUUUGAUCUGCUACUUGCACUUUGCAUAGCAGUCUAUCUGGGGGUGAUGUAUUUAGCAAUCCAGAACUUUGGGCUUCUCUACAGUCUGGUACGGAAGGUGACUCAGCCCAAGACUAAGCAGCAUUAAACUUUUUAUAAGACUUUUUACUCCUUGUGUGUUUUGGGAAAAAUCAUGAGCAACCAAAAAAGAAAACAAACCCUAAAAUAUAUAUAUUGGAAUUCUCCCUACAAAAUUUCAACUGAGCCUAAAGCCGCUACCCCUUUGCAGGAUCAGUAGGUUGAAAGACCAAGCCCUGUCUUUCUCUCUGCAAAGUCAAUAUACCUUUAUCAAGGUUAUCCACACCCUGCAUGGAAGCUACAGUGUGUGUGUGAGUUUCAUUUUUCAAGGUAUACAUGUAAAUCAAUUACCUCAGGUGUGCCCCAAGUUUGUUUGCCAUUGUUUGCCCUACUGGUUUCCCCUUCCGUUUAGCUAUAUGAGCUAUCCCGAUUUCAGUUAAAACAGUACGUCGGGUACAGGAUCGUACCAAAGCUCUGUGUUUGGUGGGGUUAAUAUUCACUCAUCCCAACGCAUUCUGCUGCACCUCUUUCAGCACAGAGCUUUGGAAAAGUUUAUCUGGAUAAAAUGGGAGAAUGGGCGAUGGUCCCAAUGAGAUUUAGGAUAGUGGAGGAAAACAAUUAUAAAUACAAGCAUACAUUAAAACAAAUACUCCCACACCCCUACCAGUAAGUAAGCACUGGAAUCUCUGUGUAUACUUACUCAUGGGCAGGUAAAUGACACGGUUUAUGACAACUGCCAAUAAAAAGUGUAGGAAACGAUAUUGGUGUGUUUUUGAUGGUUCAGAGAUGUCUGCAAAAGCCAGAACAGUGUUUCAGGAGGGACACAUUGCUAAACUCAUCCGGACACCACUUUCAGUACUGGAAGUCAAAGCAAGGAGCUGGCAUGGUGCUGAAACUAAAACCACAGACGCUUCUAACGUCUUGAUGGUGCUGUUACAUGGCAAGCCUCUCCGUUCCAGCACUCAGAGGGUUUGUUUUACUUUGCGAGGUGCUGUAAUGCUCACAUGCCUUGCAUUGUCACAACACAACGGUAUUAUAGUGCUAGUCACACUAUAAAACAUGGUUCCAGUAAUAGACUUAGACUACAUGCACUUGUCAGGAAAGUGUUUCGUACGCGUUAUGCCAGACUCUAUUAAUAGUUUUUAAUAUCUUGAUAAUUAUUUUUCCAAACUCACUGUUUUUCACUGGGAUUCUUGUUUUUAGUUUCACAGACCCUGACCAGGCCUGUCUUGCCUAAUUAGAGCGCUUAAUGCUAAUUGGGGGUUAAAUGAGCUGUAAUGCAACACAAGCGAAGCCUGGGUCACUACGUGCAUCUGUGCUCAAAACUAAAAAGAUGUGCCACUUCCAAUAGGAGAUUCAAUUAGAAAUUAAGUAAAACGUGACAUUUGAAAAGGAAAUGAAUUCUCUUACAGGGAAAUAAGAGCUGGUACUUUGCUGCUUUUAUUUAUUGAAGCUUGUAAUUAUUAUUUUUAUUAUUAUUUUGGUUUUCCAUGGCUCGCUCUCUCUCUCGCCCUACUCUGAAUCAUUGUGUUAUAGGUGAUCAGAAGAAAAAAAAAACCUUGAAAGUUGGGAGAACAAGAAAUAAAUUUAUUUGUUGAAA